AUGAGAAGUUGGCAUCAAGUAGGAUGCGAUGGCGCCAGGAUGUCGGGCGCCGAGCGCCGCGCCGCGUCGCUUCAAGCGCAGAGCCUGUACAGUGCGAGUAUCGCGCGAGCCGCCCGCCCUCCAUACACACAUAACCUCCACUUUAUCUCGCUUCUCACUAUAAUACACACAAUAAAUGCAAUUAGCUUAAUAAUGAAUUUCCUAUCAAUACUUCUAUUCACAUUAAUUCAUUUCUCAAACUGUGUUAAAACUAAACCAAAAAACGCUACAUCAUCAACAGAUCAGAUACAAAAGAAAAUAUUUCUAGAACAUGAAGAAAACUUGAUAAAAAAACUAACUACAAAUAAAAGUGAAGUAAAACCAGUUAAGAUAACGAAUGUUGUUAUACCUAAGAUUCAUCCUGUGAGUGCUACGACGGCGAAAGCAUCUCCAGUAAUGAUCCCACCUGACGUGGUACAAAAAUGGGCAAAUGAAUUACGGAGCAGGCUGUACGAUAUCGAUGACCGAAUUGUGAGAAGGCAUGAACUGGCCGCAGGUUUUACCGAUAUAAAAAGCGAACAACGAAACGGUACAGCCAUUGUGAAUGUAAUGGCUGAUGUUAUAGAGGAAUUGCUUUCGAGUCGCACUCGCGCUGCUGAGGAAAUUGUUCGAAAAGCCGAAGAACUCGCCAAAUCAGAGGCUAAACCGAGUUCUACUUACACUUUUGACCGCAGUAUUGAGUUAAAUGAAGGAAAGAAAAAAAUAAACCCAGAUGAGUUGGAGGACUGUGAAAUAGGUACCUAUUGUAGAAGUACUCGAAAACUCCAACUAAAUCAUCGAAAGCAUUUCGAUGCUCAAGUGUCGCUAGAUUAUAGUAGCGUUCAUGUCGCAGUCGAAGUUUUUGACUGUGAUCCCAAGGUACUGAAACAUCUGCACUGGUCUGAAGGAUUACUACCAACGUUCCAGAAAAACUAUGCGCAAGAUUCAUCAAUUGACUUCCAAUAUUUUUGCAGUGCGCAUGGCUUUUUGAGGCAUUAUCCUGCUGCAUUGUGGUCUGACAUGUUUAAACUGAAACUAUCACCCGACGACGAUGCGGACAUAUAUGACUGUCGCCUGCGCCCAUGGUACGUCAGUGCGGGCGGCGCCCCUCGUGAUGUGCUCAUCCUCGUCGACGCGUCAGGCUCCAUGUACAACUCUUCAAAUAAAGAAACUGCUUCACGGUUUACACAAGCUCUUCUAAAUGCACUCACUGAUGACGACAGAGUCAAUGUGCUUAGAUUUAAUGUUGAGGUUUUCUCCCCUAUUAGUUGCUUCAAUGAAAAACUUGUUCCGGCAAACCACGUAAACACGGCAGCAAUGAUGGCGGCCAUGCCUUUAUACACCAUGAACAACGAAACCUGGAUGGCUGACGUGUUGACCUACUCUGUGACACUGCUAAAGAAUCAACGGAAGGCGAAAGAUAGACCGAUUGCUUGUCAGCAGGCGAUAGUACUGCUUACUGACAGUUUGUACGAUAACUACACUCAAUUGAUGCGAGAACUGGAUCCUGACGGAAAUAUCAGGCUCUUCAUUCUAUGGCUCCACGACCGAUACGGAUUGCGUGAUAACACUCGGGAACUCGCCGACUGGGUGACCUGCGACCGUGACGGUUACUUCGCAGAACUUAUCACGCAAUAUGACGUCACACAGCAGGUCCUGAAGAUAUUGGAAAUAUUGCAGCGACCGCUUGUCUCGCAAAGAAAGACUAGACCUGCUGUAUUCAGCGAUGUUUAUGCUCAUGUAGAGGAUCCUAGAAGAAGUGAGUUCUAUUGGCGAAGUAAAGAAAACACUGAACAAGGCAAUCGGUACAGAGAAUUGAAGCGACAUAAAAAGAUACUCCUCAGUAACGAAAGGCUGUAUAAAGAUUAUAUGCGCCAAGAAUCACUAUUCGAUGGUGACAUUUUAAAACCUGGCUACAGAACAGUAGACUUUAUAGACUUGGAACAAGCUGCUGAAAAUAACAUACCCCGGCACUACCCGAAAGAAUGGGUAAAGUUCCGAAAAAUGUUAAUAAUAGACAAAAAGAGUGGAAACAAAACUUUGUAUGGAAAAAAUAUUUUCGAAAAUGGAAUGAGAGUAAUUUUGGAACAACGAGAAUAUCAUUGGAAGCGUAUUUUAAACCACUAUACAGCUGUAGUCGUGAUACCUUUAUAUAAUCGGUACCGUAAAGUACCAGAGGCAAAAUUCACCAAAGAUAUAGCUCAGAAAGCUUGGAAAUCAUUAUCCCAAACGGAUUUCGCAAUUCAACCAGACUGGUUAUAUUGCCGCCACAUCGAAUCCUAUUUCGAGUCUCGUGAAGCGGAGGUGCGCCACUUUAUCAGACGUCGAAGUGAUGAGCCCAACUUUGCGAUGAAGAAUCUUAAACAUCAUUUAUCUCCCAUCAAACCUGCUUUACUGGAAAAGAAUUAUAUGUGUAAUGAGGAACUGAUGGCUCAUCUGUGCAAAGAAGUGAUCGCUACCGACAAAUGGGCGAGAGACCGCGAAAAGCCUGGCACCGAACACGAUUGUUCUACAUGCGAAAUGGGAUCCAUUACCGCGUUUUUUGCUACCGAGAAUGGUUUAACCCGUUGGCAACAGUACCACGCCACGAGCUCGCACGCUCCCCCACCCAAUGGCUCUUGGUGGUCGCACGGUCCCGCCGACCCGUAUUACCGAAGGGCUGUCGCCUCACCAGAUAAGCUAGUAAUACAUGCCCCCGUGUCACCCAUGAGGAUUAUGCGUAUUGGUGAAGAAAAACCACCCGCUUUUGACAUUCAUUCAGAGUGGUAUACAGCUGCAAGAGUACUGGGUUCGCCAAAAGAAGGCAUCAUUGGCGUGGCGGGCUUCCACUUUCAUCCACAUCAUUUGAAAAACCUGUUCUCGUUAAUCACAAAUUUUCCCACAGAAGAGGAAACCGCCCCACGUUGCGAUGGCACAGCAUGGUCGUGUCUGUUAAUAGACGAGUACGGCUGGGUAGUAGUCCACGAGGGCAACAACUACACCGAGCCUCCAACCGACCCUCUGAGGCAACACCUCGCCACUCUCUAUCCUGGAAUAAUGGCUAGUUUACUUCAUGAAGGUGUCUUUGAGCUAAUUUGGGUGAAUGAUUACCAGGGUGUUUGUUUUGCUCCCGAAGACGAAGUGAUGAAGAUGUCUUCGGCUGUAACCAUAGUGCCCUCAAUAAUAAACUCACUUUGGCAGGCAGUGAGCCUUUUAUUAAGAAUGACUCAAGAAAUGAUUUUAUUUGUAACGAUUCUAAGUUCAGGAUCAGUAGCUACUGCUGAAACUGAGAAGGAAAAGGCUAAGCGACGCAGAAUACUGUGGCGCGACUAUCAGCGCGACGCGUAUGAACGUUUGUUCGAAGAACGCGUUCUUGUCAACAGGACCAGGUUCGCGGCUUGCGAUAGAUCACGACCUGUCUAUAUUUUACGGGACACACCCAAAACCAAUGAAGUUCUAAAACGGCCCGCAAAACCUUGCAGCUGGCCCCUCGUAGCGGCUAAGGUACCAGACACUAAUCUUCUGCUUAUCGCAGUAUUCAAUGAUUGUAAAUACCAAGAAAACAUAAUCAUAUCUGAUCCAAUGAAGAAUAUAAUAUACGUAGAAGAAGAAGAACUAGUUGUUGGCAGUAUGCAGGGCACGGCGAGCAAGUUGGCGUGCUUCCGCAACCGGCAGCAGCUACCCAUGCGCGCCCCGCACGUGCCCUGCUACCCGCACGAGUACCGGAAGGAAAAGGGUUACAGGCAGUGCGGUCCUUGGCUCCCAGACGUAGAAACAAACAUUUCGUCCAAGAAGAAUUCAGAUAUAUUGUUAAUUAUUGUAGCUAUGAUAUGCUUAAUUAAAGCUUUCUUAUUGUUUUAA